AUGUUUGACUGGCGGCCAUUUUUGUUUGGCGGCCUUGCUUCAAGUGUUGCCGAAUUGGCAACAUUUCCAAUCGAUCUGACAAAAACCCGGCUACAAAUUCAAGGACAAAUUUUCGAUAAUCAAACUCAACAAUUGCAAUAUGCUCAAAAAAAGUAUACAAAUAUGUUUCAGGCAAUAUAUCGAAUUGGUCAUGAAGAGGGUGUGCGGACACUAUAUUCUGGAGUUUCCGCGGCAUUGUUACGUCAAGCAACAUAUGGAACAAUAAAGAUCGGUAUAUAUCAAAAAAUGAAGCGCCUUUUUGCUGACGAUAUUCGACAAGAAAAACUUUAUAUCAAUGUUCUCAAUGGCAUGUUUUCAGGUGCAUUAGCUAAUGCUAUAGCAAAUCCUACAGAUCUAUUGAAAAUUCGUAUGCAAGCGAAUCAUCCAAGUGUUCAAGGAAAAGGACUUUUUACUGCAAUGGCUUCCAUAGCAAAAAAAGAAGGUGUCCGAGGGCUUUGGAGUAGUGUUCUUCCCACUGUUCAACGAGCAGCUAUUGUUAGUGGUGUUGAAUUGGCUGUAUAUGAUUGUGCAAAGCAGCAAUUAAUAUGCCAGUUAAAUAGUUCAGAUACAAUCGGUACUCAUUUUCUUGCAUCAUUUAUUGCUGGUUUCGCUGGUGCUUUUACCAGUACACCGAUUGAUGUUGUACGAACUCGUUUAAUGAAUCAAGAAAAUUUAAGUUCUCGUGUUAAUUCAACAGCAGCAUCAAUGCCUUAUAAAGGUAUUAUGGAUUGUUUUAUUAAAACCACACGAAAUGAAGGAUUUUCUGCGUUAUACAAAGGUUUCUUUCCUUCGUGGCUUCGAUUGGGUCCUUGGAAUAUUGUGUUCUUCAUAGUAUUUGAACAAUUUAAAAACUUAGACAGAACGUUGGAAAGCAGACGUGCUAUACCCAUUGACCAGCAUUUAUAA